GAUGAAUUGACUUAGCUUAGAACUAGGAACUAGUGGAAGUCUACUCUCAUAUCAGUACUUUUGAUCAGUGUUCUGCUUACUGCUUUAAAUUCAUAAUAGUUUCUGCUUCAGAGUGAUGGUUUCAGAUAGACAAGUAUUCAAUUGAGUUGAAGCUUUACUUGUUCCUCGAUCAUAAUGUGGAAUAAAGUUAAUGUUGGAUUUAAUGUUGAAGAAGAGACAGCUAACUUUGGUACAAGAGCUUGUGCUGUCAAUGAUGUAGCUGUAUAUGAAACAAACACAUUAGCAGCAAUCCAUGCUGGCGAUGAGAAACCGACUCAGUUGCCUCAAGUGCAAGGUCAGUUCUUGCAUCAAGUAGGACUUUGUGUGGCUGUCGAUAGUUCGCUCACAAUAUUCACUGAAGCCUGCGAUGCUGUUAAGUGUAUCGUGACCCUCCAGUCACACGUGGAAGUGUUCGCUGUCACUCCUUGUGGUCACUUCGUCCUCGCCGGUGGCUCUGGUCAACUCAGCUGCUUUCACGUCCCCACUCAGGGCAGUGAGGUAUUCACACGAACCAUCAACUCAAAUGAUGUAAUACCAAAAUUUAUUACUUUAGAUGUUCUUGAAGAAAAUAAUCAACUCUACAUAGUUUUGCUGUUGAGUAAUGGUAAAAUUUUCAGAUCAACUCCAGUAGAUUUCUCAAAACUAGAGGAAUGUUUUUUCUCCAAGAAAAGUCUCUUCUGUGAAAGAAUUAAUUGAGCAUAUAAACUUUGAAGAAAUACAUCACAUUAAAGGUUUGAAAUCACAGGUGAAAACAGGACAAAGUUUCUUGAAAGAAAAGAAAUCCAUUGUUUUGGCAACAUCACUCAAUAUCAGUAUGGUAGAUGACAAAGACCUAGCUCUCUGUGACCUUUUGGAGGACUGCAAAAUUAAGAAAAAUUUUGUGGA